CCGCAAGGGAGACUGGGUGUUAGCCUUAGUGUCACAGGCAGUAAGUAGCAGAGACGCCUGUAGUAGAAGGAAUCGGGGCUGGUUCUGGUCUGCAAACACACUGGCAAACUGCACUGGCGCUCCAGGGAGAUGGGGAUUAGAUGCAGCAGUUUCUUACAGGAUGGCUCCUGGGCGGAGGUGCGCGUCUCGUGCCCUUUCUGUAGCCGUUCUCUGCCUGGGCAGAGGCUGAGUUUGCACAGCGGGAAGGCUCUCUUCCUUCAGGAGCUGCGAAACAAAGACAAGACACCACGAAGCCUCCCCCAACAGAAUCUUCCAGGCGGGAGAGAGGUGUGUGCAGGGAGCUCUCUGAGGCAGGGCACCGGGGAAGGAGGGCUCGUGUGGCGAAGCUGACGGCUCAGUGUCUGCUACAGCCGUCCAGUGAGAUACUGCCAGGUGCUGGGAAGGCUUGGAAACAGCGUCCCGUUCUACAACCACUGCUAGGCACCUCCUGAGCGCCGGGAACAUGCUGGGGUCCCGGGGAUGGGGAGGCAAACUGGGCACGAGCCCUUCCCUCGGACGUUUCGCGAUGAGUCAUCUGAAGACCCUGUGGUGUGGGCUGCAGCUAAGACUGCUGUUCUUGAACUUGUGAGAAAAGAAGAUACUGUGGCUGAGGACUUUGAAAACCUUCAUAGCAAGAAGUGAGCGGAUGAUGGUCGUGCGUGCGCGUGGAUGACAGACCAGCCUCCUCCGCCAGCUGAUUGUGGGUGAAUGAGAGGUUACACUGAGUGUCGUCACACUGCCUCCAUGGCACUGCUUCAUGAACUCCUUCCCCUCACUUGUGAAGUGCGCUGAGUGGGUCCCACGGUCAUGUGAAGUGCACUGAUCUCCCGUCUCCCUCAGAGCGAACACCAGGCUGCAGGUGAAGAUGGGCAACUCGGAGAGUCAGUACACCCUGCCGGGAUCUAAACACCACAGCCAGCUUCCUGGUGUGAAGCAAAAGCCUUGCUCCCUGAAGAUUCGCAGCGUCCACGCGAAAGAUGAGAAGUCCUUGCAGGGCUGGGCGCCCGGAGGCAGCGGAGCCGGCUACAAGUCCAGGUCGCUGGCCCGCAGCUGCCUGUCCCACUUCAAGAGCAGUCAGCCUUACUCUGCAGCCAGACUCGCCGGGCCCCCCGGCAAAGGCCCCAGAGGCUCGGGCCACUCCAGGCACAGGGCGAGCGGCCCAGGGCCUGAGCUGCAGGGCCACCCUGCUGUCCUCUUCCCGGAGAACGGCUUCCAGCGCGGGGACCACAAGCCGCCGCCGGAUAACCACACGACCUCGAAGGACCGCAACGGGCACCUCCUCAACUGCUACGGCCGACAGGAGAGCAUGGGGUCCACGCCGCCGCCGCCGCCGCCGCCGGGAGAGGACCGCAAGAGCCCCAGGGUGCUCAUCAAGACGCUGGGCAAGCUGGACGGGUGUCUCCGGGUGGAGUUCCACAGCGGCGGCCACCACGGCGCCGCCGAGCCCGGCGCGCCCGUGCAGCUGCUGAGAUACUCGCCCACCCUGAGCCCGGACACCAGGAGGGGCUCGGAGGGUGGCGAGGGUGGCGGUGGCGAGAACUCCCCGCCCAGCCGCCGCCCCUCUCCCACCGACUCCCGCCUGCGCUCCAGCAAAGGCAGCUCGCUGAGCUCCGAGUCGUCCUGGUACGACUCGCCUUGGGGCAACGCGACCGAGCAGAGCGAGGUGGAGGGUUCCCUCCGGACGCCCAGCACGCCCGACCCCAGCCUCGCAGCCUGUUUCCCCCCGCCUGGCGACGCCAAGAAGCCUUUCAGCCAAAGCUGCUCCCUGUCCUCCCUGCGGGACCUGUACAAGGACGCUCCCGCGGGGCACCUCGGCCUGCCCGACGAGUAUGCGGGUGCACACGCCAGCCUCAGCAACCGUGUGUCCUUUGCCUCCGACAUGGAUGUGCCCUCCAGGGUGGGGCGCGGCGAGCCCGGCCAGUACAACUCCUUCACCCUGCCGUGCCGCAAGUCCAAGGCCUUCCCCGAGGACCCGGCCAAGAAGGACACCCUCAAGGCCAGGAUGCGCCGGAUCAGCGACUGGACCGGGAGCCUCUCGCGGAAGAAGAGGAAACUGCAGGAGCCAAGGUCCAAGGAGGGCAGUGACUGCUUUGACAGCCGCUCGGAGGGACUGAAUGCAGACGCGCAGUGGCCCUUCCAGGCGUCGGCCUUGCUGUGGUCAGGGGGCUCGGCUCAGGUCCUGUCUCAGAGGAGCGAGUCCACGCACGCGGUUGGCAGCGAUCCCCUCCGGCAGAACAUCUACGAGAACUUCAUGCGGGAACUGGAAAUGAGCAGGGCCAACACGGAAAACGUGGAGACGUCUACAGAGACGGCCGAGUCUAGCAGCGAGUCGCUGAGCUCGCUGGAGCAGCUGGACUUGCUCUUUGAGAAGGAGCAGGGCGUGAUCCGCAAAGCCGGGUGGCUCUUCUUCAAGCCACUUGUCACUCUGCAGAAGGAAAGGAAGCUGGAGCUGGUGGCUCGCCGGAAGUGGAAACAGUACUGGGUAACCCUUAAGGGCUGCACGCUGCUGUUUUAUGAGACCUACGGCAAGAACUCGGCGGAUCAGACCAGCGCCCCGCGGUGCGCGCUGCUUGCGGAAGACAGCAUAGUGCAGUCUGUGCCGGAGCACCCCAAGAAGGAAAACGUGUUCUGCCUCAGCAACUCCUUUGGGGACGUCUACCUUUUCCAGGCCACCAGCCAGACAGAUCUGGAGAACUGGGUCACUGCCAUCCAUUCUGCUUGUGCAUCCCUUUUUGCAAAGAAGCACGGGAAAGAAGACACAGUGCGACUCCUCAAGAGCCAGACCAAAAGCCUGCUGCAGAAGAUCGACAUGGACAGCAAGAUGCGGAAGAUGGCGGAGCUGCAGCUGUCCGUGGUGAGAGACCCAAAGAACAGGAAGGCCAUUGAGAACCAGAUCCAGCAGUGGGAGCAGAACCUGGAGAAGUUUCACAUGGAUCUCUUCAGGAUGCGCUGCUACCUGGCCAGCUUACAAGGCGGGGAGCUGCCGAACCCCAAGAGUCUCCUGGCUGCCGCCAGCCGCCCCUCCAAGCUGGCCCUGGGCAGGCUGGGCGUCUUGUCCGUGUCUUCUUUCCACGCUCUGGGGUGCUCUAGGAAUGACUCCUCCUCCGGAAAAAAACCCUUGUCUCUGAGCACAAGGGAAGACAAGAAGGCAAUCUUCUCCCUCCUUAAAAGGCCGGACACCCGAAGAAGAGGGAAGGAGAAAAGAGCCUCCAUAGCACAGAUAUUUGAUUCAAGUGGCAGCCAUGGAUUUUCUGGAACUCAGCUACCUCAAAACUCCAGUCACUCCAACGAGGUGGAUGACCUUCUGCAUGGAUACGGUUCACCCCUGGAUGGCGUUCCCCGAGACAACGCAUGGGAGAGUCAGGCCUACGUUCACUUUCGGGACAGUCAAGGAGUCACUGUAACGAUCAAGCCCGAACACAGAGUAGAAGAUGUUUUGACUUUGGCGUGCAAGAUGAGGCAGUUGGAACCCAGCCACUAUGGCCUUCAGCUUCGGAAGUUAGUAGACGAGACCGUUGAGUACUGUAUCCCCGCACCCUGUGAAUAUAUGCAUGAACAGGUUUAUGAUGAAAUAGAAGUCUUUCCACUAACUGUGCACGCUGUGCAGCUCACGAAGACCGGCAGCGCGUCUGACUUCGGAUUUGCAGUGACUGCGCAGGUGGACGAGCGGCAGCGCCUCAGCCGGAUAUUCAUAAGCGACGUCCUCCCGGACGGCCUGGCGUACGGGGAAGGGCUGAGAAAGGGCAAUGAAAUCAUGACCCUAAACGGGGAAGCCGUGUGUGACCUGGACCUCAAGCAGAUGGAGGCCCUGUUUUCCGAGAAGACCGUGGGGCUCACUCUGCUUGCCCGGCCUCCGGACACCAGAGGCACCCUGUGCGCCUCGUGGUCGGACAGCGACCUGUUCUCCCGGGACCAGAAGGGGCUCUUGCCCCCUCCCAACCAGUCCCAGCUGCUGGAGGAAUUCCUGGACAACUUGAAAAAGAACACAGCCAGCGAUUUCAGCAACGUCCCUGACAUUCCAACUGGUCUGAAAAGGAGCCAGACAGAUGGCACCCUGGAUCAGGUGUCCCACAGGGAGAAAAUGGAGCAGACAUUCAGGAGUGCCGAGCAGAUCGCCACUUUGUGCAGGGGCUUUGACGACGCCCAGACGGACAGCAUGGAGGGCGCAAGGGAGAGUCAGGACCCGCCCCCGCGGCCGCUGGCCCGCCACCUCUCGGACGCCGACCGCCUUCGCAAAGUCAUCCAGGAGCUCAUGGACACGGAGAAGUCCUAUGUGAAGGAUCUGAGCUGCCUCUUUGAGUUGUACUUGGAGCCGCUUCAGAGUGAGACUUUUCUUACCCAAGACGAGAUGGAGUCCCUGUUCGGAAGUCUGCCGGAAAUGCUGGAGUUUCAGAAAGUCUUUCUGGAAACUCUGGAAGACGGAAUUGCAGCCUCGUCUGACUUUGACGUCCUGGAGACCCCUUCGCAGUUCAGGAAGUUACUGUUCUCCCUCGGCGGCUCCUUCCUCUAUUAUGCGGACCACUUCAAACUCUACAGCGGAUUCUGUGCUAACCAUAUUAAAGUGCAGAAGGUUCUAGAGCGAGCUAAAACCGACAAGGCCUUCAAGGCUUUCCUGGACGCCCGGAACCCCACCAAGCAGCACGCGUCCACGCUGGAGUCCUACCUCAUCAAGCCGGUGCAGAGAGUGCUCAAGUACCCGCUGCUGCUCAAGGAGCUCGUGUCCCUGACGGACCACGAGAGCGAGGAGCACUACCACCUGACAGAAGCGCUGAAGGCAAUGGAGAAAGUAGCCAGCCACAUCAAUGAGAUGCAGAAGAUCUACGAGGACUACGGCGCCGUGUUCGACCAGCUCGUGGCCGAGCAGAGCGGCCCGGAGAAGGAGGUAACAGAGCUCUCGAUGGGGGAACUUCUGAUGCACUCCACGGUGGCCUGGCUGAACCCGUUUCUGUCGCUCGGAAAAGCGAGAAAGGACCUUGAGCUCACGGUAUUUGUUUUUAAGAGAGCUGUCAUACUGGUCUACAAAGAAAACUGCAAACUGAAAAAGAAGUUGCCCUCCAACUCGCGGCCUGCACACAGCUCUGCUGACCUGGACCCGUUCAAGUUCCGCUGGUUGAUCCCGAUUUCUGCGCUCCAAGUCAGACUGGGGAACCCGGCAGGGACAGAAAAUAAUUCCAUCUGGGAGCUGAUCCACACCAAGUCAGAAGUAGAGGGACGGCCGGAAACCAUCUUUCAGUUGUGCUGCAGCGACAGCGAGAGCAAAGCCAGCGUGGUGAAGGUGAUCCGCUCCAUCCUGAGGGAGAACUUCCGGCGCCACAUGAAGUGCGAGCCGCCGCAGGAGAGGGCGAGCAAGGACCGACCGGUGCCGCUCAAGAACCGAGUUCCUGUCUCAGCCCGAUUAGCUUCCUCCAGGUCCCUGCGAGUCCUCAAGAACUCCUCCAGCAGCGAGUGGCCCGGGGAGCCGGGCAAGGGCCACUCGCUCGACUCGGACGAGGGCAGCCUGAGCAGCAGCACCACGCAGAGCAGCGGCUGCCCCGCGGCCGACGGCAGGCAGGACUCCAAGGGCGGCUCGCCCGGGAAGGGCCUGGCCGAUUUCUCGGACGGCCUGGUCAAAGAGAGCGACAUCCUGAGUGACGAGGACGACGGCCCCCCGCCUCCGAGAGGGGGCAGCCCCACCAGGGACAUCGAGAUCGAGUUCCAGAGGCUGAGGAUCUCGGAGGAGGCGGAGACACAGCCCGGGGGCGGCGAGCAGCAGCCCAAACUGGUCCGGGGCCACUUCUGCCCCAUUAAGCGGAAGGCCAACAGCACCAAGAGGGACAGAGGCGCUCUGGCCAAGGCGCAGACGCGCCACCAGUCCCUGGACUGCCAAUCGGAAAACUCCAGCCUCGACCUCAACUCUGUCCUGGAGCGGGAAUUCAGCGUCCAGAGCUUAACGUCGGUGGUGAGCGAGGAGUGCUUCUACCAGACAGAGAGCCACGGGAAAUCCUAGCAGCGCUGCGGCCGGAGCCGGGGCGGGCUGCUCGCUUAGACUGGUCACGACUGGGUUUCGUGCAGCACGCGUUUCCCGUGAGACAGCUGUAAAGACUUAAGUUAUUUUAAUUUAUUGUGGUUCGGGAAACCAGACGAGACUGAUCGGAAUCUGUAAAUUGCUUACUUUUACAUCUCUUUUGAGCAGGCAUCAAAAUGACUUAGAAUCCUUAAAAUUAGAUUACAUUCUUAAUAAUUCUAAUUUAUGUGGGGGGGAAGUAAGACUGGAGAGGUUGGAUUAAAAGCUUUUAAAAGGGACAUUUUUUUCGACUCCUCUGGGCAUUUUCUCCGGGCUGCCAGUGUCCGCUUUAUUUAAAGAAUACCUAAGUUAUUCUGAUGUGGUGUAGGGGUGCAGUGUGCAAAUACUUCAUGUUUAUACCGAACACGUCCUAUCUAUGCAGUGUAUAUAUAUAUGUAUUAAAGCCUGUACUGUAUCUUA